AUGUCCAGCAUAUCACCUCGAGCGACCACACUUGCUCUGUACCGCUCGAUAUUACGUAUCGCCCUUAGAAUGCCAGACCAUCACCGCACCAACCUCGUCGUCUUUCGAGCUCGGUUCGUCCGUGCCUGCCUCCCACCCCUACAUCCCUCGUCUUGCAACGGCUGACCGUCGUGUACUUUGGUGUUGACCCAAUCCAGUUCGGAGUUCGAUGCAUCUCGUGGACUCGUUGAAGCAAGUCAAGAACAAUCCGAGCGAUGGAUGGACGCCGAGAUCUAUCGUGACAAUCUCGAAGUCCGUCUUGCUCAGCAGACUCCCCAUCACUGCUCAGUUGGAUGUUGACACCACUCGAUCUUGUGUCGUCGCUUUUUGCAGCAUCAAGCCGAGCAUUUGAAUCGUCUUGCCAUGACAUCGACGCUCGUUCCGAUCGAUCUGCGCAGCGACUCACGUGAAAGUGGUACCCCACACGAAGCUCACACCUGCUCGAAUCCAUCGCAUCAUCACCCAGCCCCCACGGCCGGUCAGCCGCGUCGAAAACUCGUCACCGCCAUCAAGGCACGGGAAAAGAAUGCCGAAGGCCGUCAACGAAGCCAGGUCAAGUCGUCGAGGUUCAUGACUGGGCCUGAGCCGUCCUGGAUCGUAAAGAAAGCUCCCUGGCGGGCUUCGGGCUGA